ACUUACCAAGGGAGACUAAUUAUUUAGUUCUAAGCCAAGGACUACAACUCGCUUUUACUGCUGUCAUCCUACCCAUCAAAACAAACAUGGUCACCGUGACAUCUUACCGACACACCCGGGUCUCCGCUGCCCAGGUGGUUGCUAGGAGACAGGUGAGAAUGCACCUGAGGAAGAUCCGAGAGAGGGAGUACUCUAAGCUCAGGGCUCUGGUCCCGUCCGUAGCAUCCAAGAAAAACGUUUCCAAGGUUCAAGUCAUCGAGGAGGCGGUGAGAUACAUUGAAGAGCUCCACACAGCCUUACUGGAACGGUUCAGACAAAAACACGGCAGCAUGGCUGAGGACAAGGCCCAGGAGACGGUGCGUACAUUCGUCAGUCGCAUGAUGAGCCAACAGCCCAACGCCCCACACCCCAACCCCCAAGGCAACCCCACCCCCACCACCACCCUCAGACACUCCCCCAGCAGCUUUGAAAAACAAAGGAGCCAGCCAAGCUUUUUGUUCCGCAAAAGCAGAAACCAUUAG